GUUCGCUUCGUUCACUGCAGUCAGAGCUUGCUGUCUCCUGAAAACUUUACACAGAUAUGUCGGAAACAGAAACUGAAGUUAAUGAAUUGGUCGCCGAAUCGAUAAUUGGGUUUAAUGGCUCUGUGCGUAAUGGCUUACAAGUACACCCAGAUGGAGAGCACAUUCUUUACCCCCUUGGCUGUAAUGUAGUAGUGCAAAACUGGAAGACAAAAAUACAGAGAUUUCUGAUAGGGCACACAGAUGUUGUAUGUGCAGUAGCAGUUUCAGCAGAUGGGAAGUAUGUGGCUUCAGCUCAAACAAACCACAUUGGAUUCAGGGCAACAGUUAUUCUGUGGGAGUUUGAUGACUUAAAGCUGUUUACCAAGCAUGAGAUACACAAAGUUUGUGUUGAAUCUGUAGUCUUUUCUUCUGACAGCAAUUACCUCAUAUCAUUAGGAGGAUUUGAUGAUGCCACUGUUGUAGUAUGGGACAUUAAGGAAAGCAAGGCAUUAUGUGGUUGCGAGGCAAGUCGUGGAACAGCUGGCAUAGCAAUUGUUCUCUGUCCAGCCAACAUAAGGGGUGUCUGUUUCAUCACUGGUGGACAAGGUACAAUCAGGGCAUGGAAGAUAGACCCCAAGAAAAGGCAAGUCAGUGUCCUUGAUGUCAAGCUUGGCAUGAUCAGGAGACAUGUUAUCUGCAUUGUGAUUGAUGCCAAAGAUGAAUAUGCAUAUUGUGGUACAACAACAGGAGAUAUAAUGAAAAUUCGUCUCAAUUAUGAUCGUGAUCCAUCAGUGCUGGAUCCUACAGCAAAUCCUGCACUUGUUGGUUGUUAUGCUAAAGUUCCAAAGAAGAAAAAAAUGGCAAGCUCUGAUCCCACAGAGCGAUACAGUAAAGGUGUUACUGCACUGGCACUGCUGGAUGAGCAUACUGUCACUAAUAUUAUUGUAGCCGCGGGUGAUGGAAAAGUGGAAUUAGUGAAAGAGCACAACCGAGCAAUUCUUCAUAAACACACUCCUCUUCGCCAGCCCUCAGAGCCUCAGCUUGUUGUACUGAAAGGAGCUAAAUUGGAUUCUGGGGCAACCACCAUCAAAAUCCUGAAAGAUGAAAUCAUAGCAGGAACAGAGAAAUGUGAAAUAUACACAAUAGAUAUUAAAACAUUUAAUGUUUUGCUUCAUAUAACUUGCCACACAGAUGCCAUCUUUGACCUUGCCUUUCCACAUAAAUGUUCUGAACGAUAUGCUACAAGCAGCAAGAAUGAUGUCAGAAUCUGGGAUGCCAAAACAUCUAAGGAGCUUAUGAGAAUAACAGUGCUUAAUCUUGUUUGUGCUAGUAUCGUGUUUGCUCCUGAUGGCAGCACCAUUAUCACUGGAUGGAAUGAUGGAAUUAUAAGAGGGUUCACACUUAAAACUGGAAAACUGAUGUUUGAGAUCCUCAACACUCAUACCAAGGGUGUAACUGCGAUGGCUACCACUGCAUGUGGUUCUAAGCUAAUCAGUGGUGGAGGAGAAGGCUUGAUACGUGUAUGGGAGAUGAAAACAAGUUAUCAGAAGCUCCUAGCUAGUUUAAGAGAACACAGAGGGGCUGUAUCUUCAAUCUCCAUUUCUAAUUCUAACAAGGAGGCAGUCAGUUCUUGUACUGAUGGAACAUGUAUCAUAUGGGACAUUGAGUGCCUAACUCUAAAACAAGUCCUUAGUGCAAAUUCAGAAUUCCUGUGUGCACGUUUCAUACCAAGUGAUGUCCAGGUCAUUACAGUAGGAGCUGAUCGCAAGAUCUGUUAUUGGGAAGUUUUUGAUGGCUCACUGAUACGGACACUUGAAGGUUCAAUAUCAUCGGGCUUGACCUCACUUGAUAUUUCUCCAGAUGGAAAAUCAAUUGUCACAUCAAGUAGUGAUAUGUAUGUUAAGCUUUGGAAGUACAAAGAAGGAAUCUCAACUGAUAUUGGCAGGGGGCAUGCAGCAGUCAUAACUGCUGUUCGCUUUUCACCCGAUGGUAGCUACAUUGUGAGUGUGAGUGCAGAUGGAGGAAUAUUUUGCUGGAAGUGCCCACGUUCUCGGCCAGAUGAUAAUGUUGACAGAGAGAGCAUUUCCAGCAGAAUGUCGUCACUCAGCUCUAGGAGCCAAGACAAAGUCACCUCAAAAAAGGCGGCUCAACAAAACGUCUCUCAUAUGAAGGAAAAUGGUCGGAGUAAUUUAAAAUCGAUAGUUGAGAAACCAAUAGAACACAACAUUAAUGCCAGUGAUCAGAAGACAAGGAACAAAGGAGUGAAGGGAUGUUCUUCUAGAGCUAAUCAAUUACUCAAUAAACAGAACAAUUAAUGAUGUUCGUCCAGCUCUGGCAUUCCAUUCAGCUGCUACAUCUCCUCCACUUUCAUGUUCAACUUGCUCAUCGAACCAACAUAACUAGCCAAGUGGUAUGCGUCUUUUCAUUCAUAACGUGUUUUUGUGCAUUAUAUAUUGUUCAAAUCAAUG